AGACGAUGUAUUAUAUCUUUGAGAAAAUGAUAAACCAAAAAUAAGAUAGUGUAUAAAGAUAAUAAAAAGUAUUCGUAGGUAAAUAAAAUUAAAAGAUAUUCAUUGGUGUACAGGUAGCGGCGAAGAAAUGAAUAUCAAACAUAUUUUUUUAAUUUUCACAAUAAUUGCAGCUACGAAUGCUGUGAAGAAAAGUUAUGAAGGAUAUAAAGUGUAUAAAGUGAUUCCGAAAACAGAAGAUGAUGUAAAAAUUUUGAAUAUCGUUCAAGAAUUGGGCAUUGGAGAAUUUUGGGAUGACAAUGUCAGUGUUAAAAGUGAUGCAAAAAUUAUGGUGUCAAGGGACCUUCAGAAUGAGUUUCUGACACAAAUGGAACAAGCCCAAAUUGAAGUUACAGAAGUGAUUUCUGAUUUACAGAAAGUCAUAGAUGACCAGCUAACACCAGCAAAGCCAAAAUCGCGUUUCGAAAGGGAAAGCUUCCACUCGAUGUCAUGGGACCGAUAUUACUCUCUGUCUGAAAUUCAUGCGUGGCUAGAUCAGCUUAACACCAGUUACCCUAAUAUUGUCCAAACAGUGACCUGGGGACGAAGUAACGAAAACAGAGAACUGAAGGGAAUCAUCAUCAAUUAUCACCCGCAAAGAGCAGGUCAGCUUAAAGCUGUGAUAGAAGGAGCAGUACAUGCCAGGGAAUGGAUCACUCCAGCAACUGCUACUUGGAUUAUCAAAGAGUUUUUGACAAGCAACGAUCGAGAAGUAAGAGCUUUGGCUGAGGGUUUCGAGUGGCACAUCUUACCUGUUGCAAAUCCUGAUGGAUAUUCGUACACGUUUACUAAUAACAGAAUGUGGAGAAAAAAUAGAAACACGAGCUACAACCGGACGUGCGCAACCAAUGUUGAUGAUGACAUGAGCAACGGUGUUGACUUAAACAGAAAUUUCGAUUUCAAUUGGAUGAGCAUUGGAGCAUCGAAUGAUCCUUGCUCAAACACAUUUGCUGGAUCAGCUGGAUUUUCGGAGCCGGAGUCCCGGGCCAUAUCGAACUACGUCCGGGAUCUGAACAGUGACGGGCAGCUCAUCUACUACCUUGCUUUCCACUCCUACACCCAACUAGUUAUCGUCCCUUACAGCCACAUUACUUCUGCUGACGACGUUUUGGAAGCUGAGAAUUAUGCCAAUAUGUUUGAAAUUGGAGCGAGGUCUGCUGACAGAUUGAGGGAACGUUUUGGAACUACCUACAGAGUUGGGGUGUCUGCUGAUGUCAUGUACCCUAUGAGCGGUACCAGCUUUGACUGGGUCAAGAACGCUACUGAUGUGCCAGUGUGCUUCCUUCUGGAGUUCCGAGACCUUGGAGAGUACGGUUUCUUACUACCCCCGGAACAGAUUAUCCCAAAUGGCAUGGAGGCUAUGGACUUCCUUCUAGAAAUGGACCAGACGACCAGGAUAUUAGGAUAUUAUGACCCGGCCAGAUCAGGAUCAAACUCUUUAUUUAAAUCUUUGUUAGUCUUGGUUUUUAGUAUUUUAGCAGCUUUAAAUGCUUAAAGACACGUAAAUAAAAAAAAAAGCAAUCUGAACAUAGAUUAAAAAAUGAAUAUUUAUUUUUAUUUUUGUAUCGAAAGAAACAUAUUUGUAAGCCCUUAAUAUAUGUUAGUAUCAAUUUGUAAUUAAUAAUAUAUAUUAUAUAUAUCGUGAUGCACCUGUAAAUAAAUAAAAUCUAAAACUAAACUAUGUACUCAUUAUAAUAAUGAUAAUU